ACAGCCAUGGCCAUACAUAUAUCUCUCUCCCUCGCUUUUCUCCUCUUUUUCCUACCCUUUCUUUCUUCUUCCCAUGCAACAAUAUCAUCUGCAACAGCAGGACUGCCAGAAGCAGAGGCUCUCCUAAAAUGGAAAGCCAGCCUCUCACCAGCACAAGCUCUCCACUCAUGGUCACUUCCUGCUACUAAUGCCAGCACCAACACCCUAUCUCCAUGCAAAUGGACUGGGAUCUCAUGUAACAGCCUUGGAAGUGUAACUGAGAUAAGCCUACCGAGUGCAGGCUUGCAAGGUAAGCUCGACAACUUGAGCUUCCCCUCAUUUCCAAACCUCGUUCAUCUCAAUCUCAGUGGCAACACUCUCACUGGUACCAUCCCAGCUCAUAUUGGUGCUCUUUAUAAACUCACAUCGCUCAAUCUGUCCAAUAACAGUCUAACAGGUUCUAUCCCUUCCACUUUAGGGAACUUGACGAAGCUGACAGUCCUCUCCCUCUUUCAAAAUCAAAUUUCUGGUUCUAUUCCUCCAGAACUUGGGAAUUUAAUGAAUCUCGAAAUUCUUGCCAUGUCCAAUAACAGUCUAACAGGUUCUAUACCUUCCACUUUAGGGAACUUGACAAAGCUGACAGACCUCCCCCUCUCUCAAAAUCAAAUUUCAGGUUCUAUUCCUCCAGAACUUGGGAAUUUAAUGAAUCUCAACAAUCUUUAUCUGUCCAAUAACAUUCUAACAGGUUCUAUCCCUUCCACUUUAGGGAACUUGACAAAUAUCCUAAACAAUGAUGAAAAAGCUGCACAAUUGGACUGGACUCUAAGGGUGAAGAUUAUUAAAGGUGUGGCCCAUGCUUUAUCUUACAUGCACCAUGAUUGCGCCCUGCCAAUUGUCCAUCGAGACCUAUCAAGCAAUAAUGUUUUGCUGAAUUCGGAACUUGAGGCUAGUGUUUCUGAUUUUGGCACUGCACGAUUGCUGAUACCUGAUUCGUCCAAUUGGACUACGCUUGCAGGCACUUGUGGAUACAUUGCUCCAGAGCUUGCAUAUACAAUGAGGGUGACUGAGAAAUGUGACGUCUAUAGCUUUGGUGUUGUGGCACUGGAAGUGAUGAUGGGAAGGCAUCCUGGGGAACUCAUCUCCACUUUGUCAUCACCAAAUAGAGAAGAUACACUGCUAAAGGAUAUGUUGGACCAACGUCUCUCUGAUCCGAUGGCAGAGGUUGCACAGGAAGUCAUAUUUGCAGUGUCCAUGGCCCUUGCAUGCAUUCGGCCGGAUCCAAACUUUCGGCCAACCAUGCACCACGUGGCUCAGGAGCUAUCUGUUGGUGGGCCUUCCUUCUCUCUAAAGCCAUUCCAUGCACUUACAUUUCGUCAACUGAUGGAUCUCAAGGUAUAAUUGGGUGUAUGAAAAUUAGUGAGGUUGUGGGCGUGUAGUGGCAAGAACAUUAUUGUUGUGUGUCUAUUGUAUG